GAGAAACAAAAGCUUUCUUCCUUUUCAUACCAAAGAGUCGUAAGAGGAGAAAAUCAGUUGGCAACUUCAACUGACCGAUUGCAGUUGAGAGAAAAGAAGGAAAAGUUGGUGCGAGAGCUAAAGGAACUGAGGCUGAGAUUAGGAGCAGACUGCGACCAUAAAACUUGAAGGGAAAGGAAGUAGCUGUGAGCCAGGAAACGAACCCGUGGCUCGAGAAUAAUUUAUUUGGGUAUUUGGUGAGUGUUUUUCCAAAUUUAUGUGUUUAACUGUUUGUGUGUUUCUAAGUGAAAUUAUGUGACAAAUGUGCUUAUCAUGAAUUAUUACUAAAUGAUUUCUUGUGAAGUGUAUCUCAAUUGUCCCUCGCCUUCUAAGUCGAGGGUGUAUUUUAUCGCACUCGACUUAGUUGAGCUUGAAGAUUGAUAAUUAACUGAAUGUUACUGUAAGUGUGCAUGAAUGUAAGCCGUAUGUGUGCCUCGCCGCAUCGGCUGAACUGGACCCCAAAACCCUCUGUUCAACGGACUAUUCGAGCCAGCAAAGGGCUUGGUCGGGUAGGACGGUAGAUUUGGGUAAAUGUUUUGGUAUACUCGAGUAUUACCAUGAGAUUGGGAGAUUAUUGAACUUAUUAUUGAAUGUAGGGGAUUGUAUAUUGUUUUGGAGGACAUAAGGAGGUGAAUUGGUGGAAUGUGCAAUGAUAUUGAAAUGAAUGUGAAUGUGCAAUGAUAGUGAAAUGAGUGUCUCUUAACACUGAAACGAAUGCUCAAUAAGAAGAUGGGUAUGCCCUAGGAGAAGGUGGGAUCGUCACAUCCCAUCCACCAAUUGGCUGACCCGACCCAUACCUCACGGGUCAAUCAUUUUCUAACUCUUACCCACUCCACAUAUUAGUGGGUAUCCUAUAAUCGGGUAUCCGCUAAAAUAGUGUUAGGUCAACAUGUACCCGCCCCACUCAACUUAUCAUUUAAUUUUUUUAAAAAAAAUUAUAUUAAUUUAAUUUUAUAUUUUUCAAAUUCAUCUAAGAUUUAAUAAAGAUUUUUUCUCAAAAAAAGUCCCCAACCAAGAAACAAAUAUGUGAAGAGAAUAUGAAAUAAAAGAAAACAUAAAAAAAAAUUAAAAAAUCAAUAAAAGUUUGAAACAAGUAGCACAUUUUUUCAAAUAUAUGUUCCACAUUAAUUAAACCCUUUUCUAUAAAACAUAAAAUCAUGAUCUCUACAAAUGAAUCUUGUAAAUAAACUAUAGUUUCUUAUAUUUAUAAUGCAAUUUGUUCAAUGAAAUUACUUAUUUAGCUCAAAAUUAUUAUUUUAUAGUAUGUUAUAAAAAGAAAAGAAAUAAAAAAUAUAUACGCGAGGUGGCUCGAGUAUCCGCAGGUUUUUAAUUAUGUGACCCUAACCCGCUCCACAUCUUAGCGAGUACCCAACCCUCUUUUGAUUCUAUCAAAUAAUACAAAUUGGAUAUCCUAAUUUUUGGAUAGGAUCAGAUUGGAUAUGGCGAGUUUUUGAGUUAGUGGAUAAUUUUGCCCACCCCUAAGAACAAUAAUAAAUGCCAAACUCCAAUAUAUACACAUUAACAUCAACUGUCCAGUGAUUCAAGUUUCAAUAAUACAAUCAGAGAUUCAAGUUUACACACCAAAAAAAAAACCAAAAGUCAUUAGGACAAUAAACAAAACUUAGACAAAAGCUUUGCCGUCUCCAACUCUCACUCCCACGAGCUCGCCCUCUAUAAGACAAACAAACUAAUAGGUGAGUUUUUGUCCAGUGAGAUUCCAAGAAAUAUGCAACCAAAGUAUCAAGAUGACAAUCACAUACAUCACAAUCUCAAAAGGAAUAAAGUAAAUGCCAAUAAGACAAGUCAUUAAUAUUUCAAAUAAGCAAUUAGCACUUUCAAGUAUAAGGAUACAAUUUUGCUCAUGCGAACAAAUUCAAUGUAGCCUGUCCCAGAUCUGUUGACACUCCAUCAACCAUGGAAAUGCGGUAACAAUAUCCAGUAGAUCACUAUAUCACUCCAGUCUCUGUCCACCGAUCAUCCCUCUUAUCAGACCCGCUGAUAGGGAUAUAAUUAUGCAGUUUAUUUGUGGUUAUUUGGUCUUAAUUUUGGUAGUUUAUUAUGCAAAGUAUUGGAUUUCUGCCCAGAUUUGGUAUUUGUGUUAUUUGCAGGCGAAGUGGUGUUAAAAGUGACAAAAGGAGACAAAUUCCAGAAGACUAGGCAUUAUAAGGCGUGCCCACGCCAGACAAGGUAGAGUUGCGUGAAAAAGACGGACCACGGGUCCUAUCCCUUGGACUACCACCUUUCUUUGGAAACAAAUUCUGAACUUACGUGGGAUUAGGAAGCCUUUUGAAUGAAGACUUUUGGCAGCAACACUAUAAAUAAAAAGACAGCAAUAGACUAGGGCAUCUUCGUCUUGGACUUGUCUCUUUGUUUUUUUUCUUUUUCCUUUUGAAUGCAAGUAGUGAGUGGCAGCCGAUGCCUUUUACUACUCCCUCAAUCAACAAAAACUCCAUGAAAACUCCGAAUUGCUUCAUGAUUAUGCGGCAAGGCUAGUUCUUUUAUCUAGUUGAGGAGUAAAUCAAGGAUCGGGGCACCAUAAGUGUGAGAUCGUUUUAAUUGUUUAUUUUUAAUUUAUAUGUUCAUGGGUAUUUGAUUAUUCUCUAUUUUCCCUGAGUUAUUAUUGUUUAGAUUUAUUGGAUAAUUAGGCCUGUUAUUCGAGUGUCUAAAUAAUUGAUAGCCAAUUAGGAUGUUGGCGCGUUGCCUUUAAGCAUCUUGAUUAGUGACAAACGAGACAAUUUCACCGCCUCGCAAGCGGUCUAAUUUGGAUCGUGGGGAUAAUUAAUCUAGCCUAAAUAAACCCGCAUGUGUGUUUGUCAUCUAGAAUUGGGUCUUUCUAAUGUCUAAUGCUGUGGCUACAUUAAAUCCUGUGAGCGUUUCUGGGUUGUCUAGUCACAAGAGGGUAGUUUAUGAGCGUCUCUUGACUACCAUAAAAGUAAGGAAAGAUUGGUGGUUGGGCGCGUCGCUUGACCACUAUAACCAGUUUAUUCGUGAGUAUAUGAAUUGUCCCUUGUAUCUGUGAUCAGUUGUGUGCUUCGGUGCCAAGAUUAAUUCCUUGACUAGGUUGUUUUAAUUAAUUGUUAUUUGUGUAAUUGGGUUCCCGCUAUCUUACUCAACUUUGAAUUUCAGUUUUUAUUUCUUUUUAAUUAGUUGGUACUAUUGCUAAAAUUCCCCCCAUUUUCCUGUGUGAUAAAUCUACCGGUUCCCUGAGGAGACGACCCUACUCACCACUAUACUCAUUCAGUUUUGGUAGUAGGUCUAAUAUAAAUUUUAUUUUUGUUGGUUUGACACCCACCAAAUUUUGGCGCCGUUGCCGGGGACCUGGUGCUUGAAGUGAUUUAUUGCACAAGUUUGUUUUGUUUAGUUCGUUCCAUUUUUUUUUUUUUUACUAUUUAUGGCUGCUAAUCUUCCGUAUUUUGGUGAUGGAUUGGAUUUUAUUUCUAAAAGGGAUUAUGAGACUCGUACUUUUUCUAAUAAUCAAUUGGCUGUUGCAAAUUGUGGGAGUUAUUUUGCCUCAGAUUAUUCAGCCGACAUAUACCCCCCCUUUCAAGAUGGCCUGAGUGCUCCAAUCGACACUCUUGGAGAUUUUUCCCCUCAAUAUCAAAUGAGGUAUGACCCUUACUCAAACGGGUAUGAUCAGGGAUGGUGGGACAACUCCAAUUUUAAUUAUACGCCAGAGCCAAUAGAUUUUCAACAUCAAUAUCAACAGCAACAGCCAGCAUCCAUGUCAGGUAUGUCUCUUGAAGAAAUGGUUAAAUUAAUAGCUACUAACACAUAUCAAUUUCAACAGGAGACAUAUAAAUUUCAGCAGGAGACAAUGGAUUUUCAUCAGGAGACACAAGUGAGCAUGCGUAACUUGGCAAAUCAAGUGAAUCAAUUAACAUCUAGGAUAACGCAAUUGACUUCUCAAAUGUGUGAGAAAUUGCCCUCGCAGACUAUUAUCGAUCAUGAGGAAGAUGAGAGUGCAAUUAUCCUGACAAAUGACAUGAAACUGCAAGAGUCUCAAGAAGACAGAUCUAAAGAUGUAGUUGAAAAGAAAGUUAAAAUGCAAGAAAUGAGAUCCCAACAUCAAAUUGCUCAAGUGAAUAAAUCUAGUGCACAAUCGCCGAAUACGGUGACAUCUCCUCCAUUCCUCAAUCAAUAUUCUCUUGAUUCUUAUUCUUUAAUUCCUGUUAGUGAGAUUGAUUUUAUUAUGUCAGAAAAUUUUGAGUUUCAUGACAGGAAUAAGUUAAGAGUCAUGAUGACAAAAUAUCUCGAACCAAUAAAUGCUCUUGAUGGAGGAGUGAGUGAAGACUUAAGGUCAUUACUUGUAUGUUUGGCACCAUCUACAAAUUCAUGGAAGACCGUACCUCGUGUGCUCAAAGAUUACUCUAUCUACGAGGGUUAUCAGGAUUAUACAGAGGACGAAGCAUUGAAACGAGCCACAAGAUUAUAUCCUCCGUGAAUAAACAGGGCAACGUCUAGCCAAAGACAUUAAAAAAAGGCGCUUUUUGGGAGGCAACCCAAGGCCUCCAUUUUUUGUUAUAGUUCUCUUUCAUUUUUCGUUGAUUUUGGGUUGUUUUGUUUCAUUGCAAGUGUUGGGCAGAAGACUCUGCCUUAUAAGGCAUGGUCACGCCUUACAGCAACCCUAGUCGACUCUGGGGACACAGACUUGGAUUUACAAGGCAUGCCCGCGCCCUAUAAGUGAUGCUCUUGAACACCGUAGAAAUGCUUGGGCAGAAGACUCUACCUUAAAAGGCGCGGUCACGCUUUACAACAACGCUGCCAGUCCCUGACACCUCCUCUAUCAUGGUGUUUUGCUGCAGUUUUAUUCAUUUAGGGAAGUUUUUUGCUCCCUUCACUUGACUUCCACUUUUCGUUCUUACAUUGAGGACAAUGUAGACUUUAGGUGUGGGGGGGAGUAGUCUAACUUUUCCUUCUUACUGCUUUUCUUUCUUCCCAAAAGAAAAAAAAAACCUUUACCAUGCCUUUUGGACUUUUAUGGUUAGCCCUGAUAAGCAAUGGCUAGAUUUUCAAAUUUAACUAUUGUUACGGUUUUAGAUGAUAAUAUGUUAAGUAUGAUAUGGUAAAAUUUUAGGAUGACUCUUUGGUAAAUAUUUGAGAUUUUGUGACUCUUGCCAUUUCUCUUGGUUAACUUUUCUUGGCAUUGUAAAUAUUUUUCUGACAUUUUUGUGUGAACUGGUUCAAUUAUUAAUCUUAGUUCUCCAUGUUAAGGAAAUGAAGCAGGCUUGCAUGGUUUUAAUUUUACAUGGGUGUUUAUUUAUGAAUAAUAUUCGGCUAUACUCCGCUGGUUAUCAUUGACUAGUAAUUGGGGGUCUUCACCUAAAGUGUCGAUUUUCGCGUCAAAAAGCAGCGAUAAUUAUGAGUAUGUGGUCUUUAAGCGGUUAAAGUUGAGUAACCGGGCUCCUUCAUUGGAGAGAUGUCGGAGUUCGCGUCAAAAGACUUGAAUGGCUCAAGACUAAGCACUUCCUUCAAGAAGGAGGGAAGAAAAAAAAAGAGGAAAAAGAAACAAAAAAAAUGAG